UCCCUUGUGUAGACGUCUGUUUUUAUGUGAGUAGAUCCUGCUCGGCGCUCCUCUGUUAUUAUAUAAACCAGCCCGCAGUGUGAGCACUCGACCAGUCUGUAGGGCAGCUGUGUGUGGAAACUGCUGAUCGAUCAAUCAUGUCCAAAGUUAGCUCUCCUUCGUAUCGGGAGAGUUGGGUGGACAAACUAAAUGGAAAAUGGACGCCAUUGCUGUUCCUCAUCUUAGGCCUUCUGGCAUUUCUUGGUCCCCUGUUCGUUAGUCCAAUCGAAUGUAACUUCCCAGCCCCCUUUACUGAGCAGAACGUAGCCUACGCCAAGGCUCGCUGUUACGAAGUCAAGCAUUUCAUGAGACUGUCUGAUCUGCCCCUAAAACCACGUGGUGUUUCUAAUGAAACAAUAUUUUUGAUUGCAAAUGAAGACGAGGACCAAACUGGAGAACGAACAUUGUACCAAUAUGUGUCAUUAAUUCUAAUAUUACAAGCAAUAUUUCUCCGAAUACCGUUUAUGGUGUGGAAAUUGGGAGAGAAAAGAUUAGGUAUCCAUUUCACUGUCUGCAAAUAUAACUCCGGUGAUGGCAGCAAAUUUAUGGGUAAAAGGCUGGCGAUUUAUUUACAGAAAUGGAUACAGGACCGUAAAAUAAAUAUUCUCUCCCUUGGAUCACUCACUCUUUUUCAUUGCUUUAUCAAAUUGCUCUAUUUUGUGAGCGCUUCCACACACCUUGGUAUCUUGGAUCCGUUCCUAAAACAGGAAAGAGAAAUCAGCUUUGGAUCUCAGAUCCUAGGAAACAUACGGGAAAACAAUAUCUCUCUGUAUCAGAAUUCUCCAGCCUUCCCACGACAUGCAUUUUGUGAAUAUGGAAUUGUGUAUUUGCAAAAUACCCAGAAAUAUCUGGUUCAGUGUACCUUGCCACUUAACCCCUAUCUAGAGCAGAUGAUGGCGGUGGCUUGGUGGUGGUUGAUUUUCACUGUCGCCGCCACCGUGGCGGACGGUCUCCUGUACUUCUUUGGAGCUGUGCUUCCUUUCUUCAGGCUUUGGUUUGUAAAAGCGAAUCUGAUGACAACAGAACUUGGAAAUUCAAAGCAAGCACUGUCGGAAAGAAAUAUGAAAAUGUUUGCUGACGAUACCUUGGGAGAAGACAUGGUAACCUUCCUGAAGCAAGUCCAGGAAAAUGGGAAUGGGUGCGUGGUAAUGGAAGCGGUUACAGAACUCUGGAGAAUUCAGCAUGGCGGCAGUGACACAGAACCGCAACAAGCUAGUUAUCCAUCACAUCAAUCUACGUCUGCGAUGAACCUGGAACCAAUACAGACCACACAACAACCAGAAAAUAUCCAGGGAGGUCAAAAGGCACCCCAAGGGCAGGUCUAUCUACCGCCGACCGCUCCUUCUAUUUACCCAUCAUAUGCGACCAGUGCACCGUGAAAAAACGAAGACGAAUUACCUUUAUUGGUAAUUUUUUUUUUAUCUAGCAUGUCCCCUUUAAGGAUAGAAAAACUUUCCUUUUUGAGGCAUUAUAUAAAUAUAUUUUAAGAUAAAGUUUUAUAUCAUGUACUGUUUACUAUGUACUUUAAGGACGUUCGAUCCUGUGUUU